AGUUAUGGUCGCGAAAUCGAACAUGAAUUCAGACUGCACUCUGCAGCAGCACAUAAGUCCCGUCAGCUGAAUGGCCUUCUGUAUGAUUCUGUGCCUGCCGGGAGCAAUGAUGAUGUAUUAUGGAAAUUUUGAUAGCGUGUUGCGGAAACACCGGCUUAUUUUGCAAUAUCCGAAAUGGCUGCGCGUAUAUUUUCUCGUUCUCUACCGCGAAAUUUUCGCAACUGGCGAACUAGUUAUAAAUCUGUAGCAUACUCAACUGAAUCUACUUCAAACGAAGCGAUUGGAAUCAUUGGUUUGGGUACAGUUGGUGAAAAAGUGGCAACGAAUCUUCUCAAAGCAGGAUUUACUGUGUCGGCGCUACAUGACUGCGAGCCCAAAGCUGGCAAAAAUUUACCCGGAAAUAUUCCACGUACAAAGACCCCGCGAGAGCUGGCGGAAAUAUGUGAUGUGGUAAUGACAGCACUUCCUGCACCUCCGCAUGUUAGGGAUGUUAUGACAGGAGAGAGUGGAGUUUUAGCCGGGUUGCGACCAGGAGGGGUGUGGAUAGAUCAUUCAACCACGGAUUAUCAGCAGACUUUGGAGCUUGCAGCCGAAGCAGAUAAGAAAGGUAUCCAAGUGCUAGAAGCUCCAAUAACUGGUGGUGUUGCACUGUUGCGGCAAAGUAAAAUGACAGUACUCGUCGGUGGUGAUGAACGUCUGUUUAAAGAAUGUUUGCCGAUCCUUCAACAGACCAACAAGGUGGUUCUCCACAUGGGAAAAAUUGGAACAGCCACGAUUGCGAAGGUCAUCUCUAACAUGCUGGCUGCUGUUAAUAAUGUAACAAUGGGAGAAGCCUUGAUGUUGGGGAAGAAAGGUGGCGUGGAUCUGAAAGCUCUGUUCGACGCUAUUAGGUUUAGUGCAGGAAAUACUUAUGUCUGGGAAACAGAGGCACCAUUGAUCUUUAACGGUAGUUAUGAUCCUGAUUUUACCCUGAAUCUCCACUGCAAAGAUUUAAACCUUGGUUAUGAAUUGUCUCGUAAAUUUGGAGUUCCUAUUGAAACGCUGGCACUCACAGAGCAGAUAUACAACCGCGCUCGCCUCAGGUAUGGAGAUGAAGAAGGCUCCUCUUCCCCACCGAAAUUAUUGGAAGAGGAUCUGAACGAGCCAUUGCAGAUUGACGGCUUUGAAGAUUGGACAUACUCUGUUGAGCAUGUGGGCGGUUCCAUGGCUGUCGUGCAUACAACAAAAACCAAGGUUUACAACGAUGAACAAUGAUUAUUGUGUAGGAACGUUUAUUAAUUAUUAGAGACUUUAAUUUCAUAACAUUCAAAACACCACAAUGCCUAUUUGUAUAGGAAAUAGCAUUAGGAAGAAUGAUUUUACAAAUUAGAUGAUAUAUAUAACUUCUAUGAAUUCUAUGAAUCCCGAAAUUCACCUGAAUAUAUUACAUUGCUCGCAAGAGCUUUUUAUGAGGUACUAUACUCUAUAGUAAUUUAGUGACGAACGUCAAACAAUCAACGAUUGAACGUCCUAAAUUUGGCCUAAUCAUAUACAUGAAAUAUAUCAAUCAGCAGUAUGACAAUAUAGUUAGGAAGUUCUUCUGUUGUAAUUUCGUA